CCAUCUUUCAAUGCCAAAGACACGUACUAUGUAUUCAACCACGUGAGCAUCACCAUAAGUUAUCACAUGGUCUCCAAGGAUGAGGCUGGAACCUCUGUCACUGGCUUUGGGUCAAGACUGGUAUCUGCUAAGAUGGAGCCAAGAAGUAUCAAGCAUAAAGCAGGGACAGGGGCGGAGGCCUGUAACACCAAUGAUGUCCUCGGCAUCCCUGCUGCCCUGACAGGUGACCUGGAGAUCAAGUACACCUAUGAUGUCACAUUCCAGGCCAACCCAGAUAUCCGCUGGUCCUCCCGCUGGGAUUACAUCCUGGACUCCAUGCCUCACACCAACAUCCAGUGGUUCAGUAUCAUGAACUCCCUGGUUAUUGUCCUGUUCCUGUCUGGUAUGGUGGCUAUGAUCAUGUUGAGGACUCUACACAAGGACAUUGCCAGAUAUAACCAGAUGGACAACUCUGAGGAUGCCCAGGAAGAGUUUGGCUGGAAGUUGGUCCAUGGUGAUGUGUUCCGUCCACCGCGUAAAGGCAUGCUGCUCUCCGUGUUCUUAGGAGGAGGAGUCCAGAUUUUCUUCAUGAUACUGAUAACUCUGAUAUUUGCCUGCCUUGGUUUCCUGUCUCCAGCCAAUCGUGGAGCGUUGAUGACAUGCGUCUUGGUGCUGUAUGUCUGUCUGGGAACUCCCUCUGGUUACGUCUCUUCUAGGAUAUAUAAAUCAUUUGGGGGUGAGAAGUGGAAGUCUAACGUGAUUCUCACAGCUUUUCUCUGUCCUGGCCUGAUAUUUGGCAUAUUCUUCUUCUUGAACCUUAUCUUGUGGAUCAAGGGGAGCAGUGCCGCCAUUCCUUUUGGCACCCUUGUUGCUUUGCUGGCGCUGUGGUUUGGAAUCUCCGUACCUCUCACCUUCAUUGGGGCGUACUUCGGAUUCAAGAGGCGGCCCAUUGAGCACCCUGUGCGUACCAACCAGAUCCCUCGCCAGAUUCCAGAGCAGUCCUUCUACACGCGGCCCCUGCCAGGCAUAGUGAUGGGUGGAAUUCUGCCCUUUGGAUGCAUAUUUAUUCAACUUUUCUUCAUCCUGAAUAGUAUCUGGUCCCACCAGAUGUACUACAUGUUUGGGUUUUUGUUGGUGGUGUUUGUGAUAUUGAUGAUCACAUGUUCUGAGGCCACCAUUCUUCUUUGUUAUUUCCAUCUAUGUGCAGAGGACUACCACUGGUGGUGGCGGUCAUUCUUGACCAGUGGUUUCACUGCCAUCUACCUGUUCCUGUACUGUAUCCACUACUUUGUAUCCAAGCUGGAGAUCACUGGGGUUGCCAGCACCAUCCUGUACUUUGGAUACACCAUCAUCAUCGUGUUCUUGUUUUUCUUGUUGACUGGAACCAUUGGCUUUUUCUCAUGUUUCUGGUUCGUGUCCAAGAUUUACAGUGUGGUCAAAGUGGACUAAGGUCAGAGGUCAUUUGGAUGGUCAAGGCCAAAAGACGGACUCCAAGGCAGUGACCUGUUCAGACCACUUUAAGCGUCUCAUCCAAACAUGAUAAACAUAUAAUAAUUUGUUCAACUCUGAAGCGGCAUUGUGAUGGACCAAAUGCAAACUGCUUUGUCUGCCUGUACCCCCAAAAAAUCAUGGAUAAUUUGGUGUUCUUUUACCUUCUGAAAUCUUGCUUUACCAAUAUUUACUCUGCAGAUUCUUAUGGCAGCGACCUUGAACUCUGACACUAUCACAGUGACCUUGGUCUCUGACAUUGCAGUGACCUUGAACUCUGAGGCUGUCACAGUGACCUUGAACUUGAAACAUUCUGAGGUGUUAGAUUCCCUUUGAAUGUCACACAGUCACUGGUGUAAAUAGUUUGUUUUGGGAAUUAACUUUUGCCAAGCUCUGUAAAGUUUUCUACCUAAUCAAAUGCUUUAUUCAUUGAGGAGAUCUUGCUAAAGACAAAGUUUUGUCUUAUUUUUGGAUAUCUCUUAUUUCCCAAGUAGAGCCACCUAGGUGGUACAGGGUAGAAUAAUAGAAGCAGUCCUUCAUAUUUUUUAGGAAACCUGAUCCUGCUAGUUUUUUUUUUUUUUUUUUUUUCUUCUCUGGGGGUAAAUUAGGAGAGGUUGUGGAGUAUGUAUAGUGUGGUUUAAAAAAGACUUUCCUCAGCUGGUAGUACUGGGGAAAGGUCCUUUUUCAAAAAGGGGAGUUAGGGUUUAAUUUUUUUUUUUUUUUUUUUUUUGUUUUUGGACUCAUGAUCAACGAAAAUAGAACUUCAUAUCUGAAGACAUUUUAUUUUAAUGUGGUGUAGUAUACAAUUGAAAGAGUCCUUAGUUAUUUCUUUCAACUAGGCUUAAAUGAGACGCUUUAAAUAUUUGAACAUUUGAUGUGGGAUUGGCAUUAAAUUGAGGUUAGAAUUGUGGUAUAUUUCCAGCUUUCAAGUUAAUCUAAGCUUACCACUUCUUCUGCACUACUUCAUUCCGUAAUUAAAUUGUACAAAAUAUAUAGAACUGAGCGGUAAAAGAGGGUGGUACGUAAUUUCUUUGUAAAUAUCUGUAUAUGUGGAUCUGUACAUUGGGGGCUCUAACUUAAGACAAUAUCUUCUUGUAAAUUGCUGAUAUUAGCCUGGUGGGGUUUAGCAUUGUGAGCUUUGUAAUGCUUGUUUUGAGAUUUCCUCCCUGAGUUUCAAGGCCUUUGUAGGAUAGAUUAGCAGUAAUAGCUUGUUACAUGGACUGAAAUUUUGAGUGGAAAAUUGUGAUUGUGGCGUCUGUUGUCAUUGCUGACUUAAAAUAGUUUAGCAUUGUGAAAUGUGGAAUGCUUGUUUUGAGAUUUCACCUGGCUUCAAGGCAAAAAUGGCAAUGGUAGCCUGCCAUACAAACUGAAAUUCCGAGUGGAAAAUUGGGAUCAUUGCCGACUCAAAAUAAGCAAAGGAGAAGUAAAAUAAGCAAGAGAGGGCUUUGCUUGCUGCACUCACUGUAUUUUGAACAAGUAUGUUAGAAAUACUGCAACAAAUGUCAAUCAAGUGCUUAAUUUUUGGUAUCAUGUUUUGUGAAAUGUGCCAUGUUGCAAAGUCUUGGAGAUGAAUCCAAGGGGUAAAAUAACCACUUAGAUACAUACAUUUCUUUUAACAUUCAGAAAUUAAUUGGAUUAAGUGAUGUAGAAUUUAUGUUGCAAAAUUGGUGUAAUGAAGGAAUACUGUGGGCAUUUACAAAAGAGUUU